AUGUUUGUAACAGGUGAUUUACAGAAAGAGUUGGAUUUCUAUAAUCAGGUUAGAAGUAGGAAAAUGAACGAGAUUGAAGCUGAUAUAAAGUAUCUAGAAAUGUUGUUGGAACAGAGAAGUAAUGAACUCAUCUUGUUGAGGAGGAAAAAGGAAGAGAUGGAUUGUUUUUAUGAUAUAAAGAGUAACGAAUCUCCAUCGACAGAUAAAUAG